UUUCAAGCUAAGUCUGAAGAAGCUGUCACUAAUGUUGAAGUUGCUUCAGUUAGUACUGCAUUUUUUUUUUAAUCAUAAUACGUUGCUUAGUUUUAUGAUUAAUCUACUUUUUUGAAUUUUAAACUUAUAUUAGAUUUUUUUAGUUGUUAAGAUAUUUUAGGUUUUUUUUUUGAAUAUUUGGUAUGCAGAUUUUCUGCAGAUUAUGUUUCAAGUUGGCUAUUUAAAGCCCUGCUUAAUAAAAUUUUCGAGAGACAUUAUAAAUUAUUCUUCUAAUCUUUUUUGGAGCACCAUCUUUUAAAAAACCAACAAUCAAGAAGCUCUUUCUAAAGUCUAAAAACUACUGGAAUUGACUAUGUCUUCAAAAGUUAUUAGUCUGUUGAUCUGUUUGUUCACUCUUCAUAUGUUGGCUGCUGGCACUGUUACAGGCUGCAAGAUAGGGAUCUAUGAGUUAACGAAGGGAGACUUCUCUGUUAAGAUCACAAAUUAUGGUGCCAGAAUCAUCUCUGUUUUUCUUCCUGAUAAGAAUGGAAAAAUAAAUGAUGUUGUUCUUGGAUAUGACAACAUCAAGGAAUACAUGAAUGAAACACGUUAUUUCGGAGCCCUACUUGGAAGGGUUGUUAACCGGAUUGGUGGUGCUCAAUUUACUUUGAAUGGAACCGUUUACAAACUUGUCCCUAAUGAAGGCAAUAACACAAUUCAUGGUGGCCCUAAAGGAUUUAGCUUUGUUGUUUGGAAGGUGAGCGAGUACGUGCAAGAUGGUCCAUGUCCUUACAUAACUCUAACCUACCACAGCGCUGAUGGUGAAGAAGGCUUUCCUGGUGAUGUUCUUGUCUCUGUUACCUAUGCACUGAAAGAUCCUUACAAACUUAGUGUGGAAUUUAAGGCAAAAUCAGUGAACAAGGCCUCUCCUAUUAAUUUGUCUCACCACCCUUACUGGAACCUCGGUGGUCACAACAGUGGCGACGUCUUGUCCCAAGUUGUUCAAAUAUUUGCAUCACACAUCACCCCAGUAGAUGAACAGCUCAUCCCCACAGGCGAAAUCACCCCUAUCAAGAACACGCCUUAUGACUUUCUAAAACCUCGUAAGGUGGGGAGCAGGAUUGAUAAAGUCCAAAUUGGAUAUGACAGAAACUAUGUACUCGACAGUAACGAAAAAAUGAAGCAUGUGGCGAUAGUUCAUGAUGAGAAAUCAGGAAGAGUGAUGGAUAUACGAGCGACAGCGCCUUGUGUGCAUUUCUACACUGCAAAUUGGAUCAUUGAUGUAAAAGGGAAAGGUGGAUAUGUGUAUCAGCCUCAUUCAGCAUUAUCUUUGGAGACUCAAGGGUACCCUGACGCUGUGAAUCACCCAAAUUUCGCAUCAACAAUUGUGAAUCCGGGAAAGACUUACGCCCACUCUGCAUUGUAUACUUUCUCCAUCAAGAAAUACUAGCAGACUUGGUUUGUGUCUUUUGUAUCAUCUUAAUAUCGUCUACUUAAGUUGACUUUUGUAUCAAGGUUAUAUGUUCCGUGACAAAUAAAACUCCGACAUUCAGGAUACAAUUGAAUUGGUAAGGUUGACUUACCUGUUUGCAAGGCGUGCCAAUGAGACAGCUACAACCUCUUUUUUGUCACUCUACAAAAGUGUGCCUUAUCCCACAGGAGAAUUAACUACAAAUAUUGAAACCUUAAUGUGUCCUCCCGUUAUGAACUCAUUGGUGUAAGGGUGUGUUUCUUAUGAACUCAUGUUCCGUUGGUUAAAAUUUUGAAAAAUAUUUUCUUUAAGAAAAUAAAUUCUUUAAAAAUGAAGAAAAUGACUUCACUAAUGGAAGUAUGGA